AUGUCUACUCCUUCCUCUUCGCGUACCCUUGCAGCCUUGGCUCUUCUGCUGAUGGCGUUGUUGUUGUCUGCCUCGCCCAGUCAAGCGUUCAGCCUUGCUUCUUCCAGCACUGCUACAGCUGCCACUAGCAGUAGUUUGUGGAUGAUCAAUCCAUUGGACGCCAUGAACGAAGAAAUGAAAAAGGCAAAGGCAGAAGAAGAGGAAGACGCUCCCAUGACCAAAGCCGAAAUGAGAGCGGCCGCCAACGAAAUGCAAGCUGAAAUGAAACGCUUGAAGGACGAAGCUGCAGCUGCCGCCAAAGAAAAGGAAGAAUAA